CCUGAAAGCUCGUGACAUUUUCUCAAACCUACCUGUGAUUUAAGGGUUAAAAUUCCGUCAUUAUUCAAUAAAAGACAAGCAAAUUACAGCAUCAAAGAUGCUGAUGGACGAAACUGAUCAAAUAUCUUUAAAAAGAAGAUUUUAUUCGACAGAGAAAUUGGACGAAACAUAUCGCAGAGUAAAUCCACAGAGGAGGUCUUUUUUGCAAAAUUUCAAAUCUCAAUGUUAUUGUUCCAAUAAACGGGCAUGGAAUAUUCUAACAACCGUCCUUCCGUUUUUGAAAUUUACUGCAGAAUACAAAGUUAGUAAUAUAGUAUGUGAUAUCAUCAGUGGAUUAACAGUCACAAUGCUGCAUAUAGCACAAGGUAUAAGCUUCGCCAUGUUGGCCGGUCUCAAACCGCAAUACGGGUUAUAUACAUCAAUAUUUCCAGUUGCAAUAUACUUUAUCUUUGGAACAUCUCAGCACGUUUCCUUUGGGUCAAACGCAGUGUUGGCUAUUUUAACCAGAAAUGUAAUACAGAGAGAAGUUGAACUACAGAGAGAAGGUUAUUAUUUGAACACUACAACUUCUGCCUAUGCCAGACAGUUUCCUAUAAAUGCAAGUGAAGGUUACAUGUCCUUUACAACAGAGCCCACUAUGAUUUCAUCAGGGGCAAUGACUGCAAAUACGUCAUACCAACCUGUUAAUUACACUACCACUACAAAGGUAAUACCACCAACAGAUGACGAUGACUAUUCUAGGCUAAAAGGAGAAAUCGGUGUUAUUGCUUGUUUGCUGACUGGUAUUUGGUUGACAGGAUUUGGAAUCUUACGAUUGGGAUGGAUUUCAAAGUAUUUGUCAACUAGUUUUAUUGGCGGUUUCACAACUGCAUUGGCCAUUCAUAUUGCAUCAUUAGAAAUUCCAACCAUGCUUGGUAUACAAGUUUUACCUCGUUUUGGUGCAGGAAGAUUAGUAUAUCUGUAUGUUGACCUAUUUACAGAAAUUAAGAUGACCAUUCUUGGUGACUUCACAAUUGCCUUGGUUACUCUGGUUACCAUCUUGACAUAUAGAAUUAUAACAAGUAAAUACAAAAUACAUCUAAAAUUCCCUAUACCUUUAGAACUGCUUAUUGUGGCAAUCGGUAUUGUUGCUUGUUAUUUUGGGAAACUGGAGAGCAAUUACGACAUUACGGUACUUGGCGAGGUACCAGUCGGAUUUCCAAUACCUUCAGUGCCUACAUUACAACGAAGUUCUAACAUGAUUUCUGAUUGCUUAAUUAUGGCGCUUUUAAUAUUUAUCAUUUCCGUUUCAACAGUAAGAACUGCAGGGGUAAAAGAAAAACAGUAUACGGACUACAACCAAGAACUGAUAGCAUAUGGGCUCUGUCAUGUUUUUUCUUCUUUCUUUUCUUGUUUUCCUCAAGCCACUUCACCACCAAGAACAAUGACUCUCAAACACUUGCGCGCUAAGACAACUUUUCACGCGAUAGUAACUAUAAUCAUAAUGGUUUUAGUCAUUCUAUGGAUUGGACGUGUUUUUGAAUCCGUACCUAUGGCAAUGAUAGGAGCCAUCGUUGUGGCAUCGAUGAUAGAUUUGUUUGCUCAGUUCUCUAAAUUACCAAAGUACUGGAAAGUUAACAGGUUUGAUUUCUUCACGUGGAUGAUCACUUUUCUGGUAUCAAUAUUUGCUGAUUUAGAUUAUGGAUCAGUUACUGGGGUUGUUUUUUCGUUCUUAUCUGUUGUCAUCCAACACCAAAUUGCAAAAGGGCGCACAAUUGGGUUUUCCGAUAAAGAAAGUGUAACUUUUGAUGAAAAGAGAAGAAUUCACGUAAAAGAAUUUCCAUCGGUUAAAGUAUUUAUGUUUGAUGCACCAAUUAUUUUUGCAAAUGCUGAAAUAUUCAAAGACAAACUCUAUCGACAUGUUCCUAAACCUAAAAUUAAGACGGAAGCUGCUCGUUUGCCAUCUAGUGAUUCUGUUGGGAACAGAACCAAUGAAAGCGACUACUGUGAUAACUUAAACGUAAAUGGUCACGUGCAUGUAAAGAAUGACAAAAUUUGUUCAGUGGCCAAGUUGAAACACGUGGUUAUCGAUUGUCAAAAGGUGAAUUAUGUUGAUAUUUCUGGAGUAGAUGUUCUUACUGAAGUAAUAAAAGAAUACAAGGAAGUUGAAAUCAAUGUUUAUUUUGUUAACUGCUCGACGAGAGUCAGAGAUGUACUACAAGCUGCAGGUUUCUUCAAAACAUUCCCGAAAGAUCACAUUUUCUACGAUGUAUUUGAUGCCAUAUUUGCAAUUGACAAUUCUUUUCUAGGUACCCCGCUUAAAAUUUCAAUGGUCGAAGAGAUAACAAAGCUAUGAAAAAGAUUGUCAAAGAGAUAUGUUUUGUUAUUAGUCACUUAUUUAUCAAAAUCUUUAAAAAGUUCGAUGUUUGUGAUGUGUUAGAUAUGAUCAGAAGACAAUGUUUGGAUAAGUUGUUAAACAUUUCUGAGAAGUUUUGAAAUAUUGUCGUAUAUAACCCUACUUUAAUUUCGAACGUGAAUGUUGCGUCUCUUUUAUGAAGUAUUUCGUUUCGUAAAUGCAAAAGACUCGAACGAACACACAAUCCUUAUGUGAAGCAACAUUGUCAAUCUGUUAUCAAUAGAAAGCACAGAAGUUUCACUAUUUGUACAAAGACGUCUUUUUGGCAUUUGCCUUUUUCAAAAUUGAUUAAAAUUCUUGGUUACUAUUUCAAAUUAGAUUUCAAGGUCUAAACUUUUUGUUGUUGCUUAUGUGUGGUAAAUGGUAAUAUUAAUCUCAAUAAAUGGAUCGCCUGUCAAGUUUGUUAUAUAAUUUUCACAGACGACACAUUUAUUUUGAAUGCAACAUUGCCAUCCUUAAAUAUAUCAGUAGAAGGCACAGAAAUUUCAGUAAUUGUGCGAAUUUUUGACUUUUGACUUUUUCAAAAUUGGCAAAAAUUCUUAGUUACCAUUUGAAUAAGUUUCAAGGUCUACACGUGUUUGGGUUUUUUGUUGUUGCUUGUGUGGUAAAUGGACGUAUCAAUCUCAAUAAAUGGAUCACCUGUCAAGUUUGUUAUGAUAAUUUUCACAGACGACACAUAACUUUUUCUUC